AUGAAGGAUACCUCCACUUUGUCCAAUAAGCGUGGAAGAGAAACGGAAGGCUCAUCUUUGAAGUUUAUCACGUACUCUUUACAAGGAGAAAAGGGAGAAAAGGGAGAAAACCAUAAAAGUUUAUCAUCUCCCCGUGCACGUAUUCUCGCCACCACACUCUCCCCACUUGAACAGGCGAUAUUUAAUAUUCCCAUUGAACGUUGGGGCUCAUUAGACCGCACUUCACUGAAAGGUUGGCGCUGCGCCGUCCCGCACCCCGUCAGUAUCAGUGAUCUCCCACCGGUGGAUAAAUCCGAUCGCAUUCUCCAACGCAUCGCCUUUUAUAAAGGCCCCGUCACUGAUCUGCAGUUGGAUGCGAUUGUGAAUGCCGCUAAUAAUAAAUGUCUGGGCGGCGGUGGAGUCGAUGGGGCCAUUCAUUCAGCCGCAGGGCCUUUACUGCUGCGGGAGUGUGCGACCUUCAAUGGAUGUGCGACUGGACAGUGUCGACUAACGAAGGGAUAUCAAUUGCCGGCCCGGUAUGUAUUGCACACCGUUGGGCCUAUUGGGGAAAAACCAGAAGAACUGCGUAGUUGUUAUCGAUCUAUUUUAUCAUUAGCACGUUGCAAUGGACUGCGAAGUGUGGGUUUCUGCUGUGUGAGUACGGGUGUGUAUGGAUAUCCGUUAUUGCCGGCAACUCGUAUAGCCCUAACGGAAACUUUACGGUUUGUGGCUGAGAAUACAGAUGCCAUUGAUCUCUGCUGCUUCGCAUGCUUCCGUGAUGAGGAGUACAACGCAUACACUUCUAACGUACGGGAUGUUUUAAAGAAUGUAUUAUCUAAUACUCCAGAAAAAUAG